AUGAAUACAUUCUUAGAUAUUGUUAAAAAAUGUGAUAAUUUUCCCUAUCCAGAUGAAAAAGAUGAAAAAAAUUUAAUACACGACGUAGUGCCACUGCUAUUAAAUAAUGUUAAAAUAGGACUUAUAUACAAGACAACAAUUCCAGCGUUAAAAAAAUACAAUGAACAACAUCAAAAGCCUUGUCCAUUCAUCAUUGAAGAGACGUUUGUUACAUUUGCAUCGCACUUGAAUACAUUUGAGAAACUAACACAAGAAAUAAAAAAACUUUUGGAAGUAUGGAGAGAGGAAAAAGCCUUUCCAGCAUUAGAAGUUUAUGGACCAUCUAAUUUAGCAUUUGUUAUAGAAAGAUCAGGGACACAAUUAUUUGGAUUAUUAACAUUUGGAGUACAUUUGAGUGCAUAUGUUAAAACAACAGAGGGAAAGCUUAAAAUGUGGAUUGCCAAACGCUCAAUAACAAAAUCUAAAUGGCCAGGUCGAUUAGAUAAUACAGUAGCAGGUGGAAUAUCAUAUAAUUUAACAGUCAAAGAAACGUUAGUUAAAGAGGCGAUGGAAGAAGCUAAUUUGUCAGAAGAAAUUGCAGAAAAGGCAGUACCA